GUUUUUCACCGAUUGCAGACAGAAGCUUUCCAACUUUAAACACUAUUCAAGUUCUAAAGAUGCAGCAAGUUUUUAGGGUAGUGAGCCUUACUUUUCGAGUUUUAGCUUUGCUUCUGGUCCUGGGUAAAGCUGAGCACCAGCUUCAGCGCGAAAGACCGGAUCUGGCAAAGGUCUUUCAGGGAUUCCGCAGUGGCGUAGCGCUAUUCGACGUAGACCAAGAUGGUGACCUUGACUGUGUCUCUGCAGUACAAGAAGAUUACGACGAAAGUGUACCGAGCGUAACAUACGUGUGGAUCCUCAAAGGCGUGAACGGACACGAAGCGAAAAACAUAUCCUAUUAUGUCCGCCGUGGCGAUGCCCCUGAUGAGUUUUUGUUCAAGGACAAGAAUGAUGAAAAGCCUCUUCAAACUGGCAGAUGCAUCUACUCUGACUAUAAGAACUGUGUCCUUAUAGAAUUACCUUACGGCAGCUCACAAGAAUGCAUGUUAUGGAUAUCUUGGGAAGUAAAGAACAACGUACCGAAAGCCUGCACGGAUGAAUUCGAAGAAUACUGUAGUGACUCAAAACUCUCAUACGACGAAGCCACCUGCAGCCCCUUCUUUCAGCAAACUGUGUAGAGAACAAAUGCUACGAUAAGAUGAGGGGAUGUAGUAAAUACAUGCGUGCUUCUCAGUGUCCUGGGAACAAUUUUCUUACCUUUCUUGGCCUGACGUUAUGCAAUAAAUGCAGCGUGCUUUCAGAUUCAUUUGCAA